UCUCGCUUCAUGCCGCAACAACGUGUGUUGUGUUUGUUAUAUCGCUCGCUUUGCUCUUUAAAAAUAUUUAAUUAUAUAAUAUAAUUAAUAUAAUAUUAUAUUUAUUGAAGAUUAUUAUUGUUUAAUAUGCCGAAAGUUACUAAAAAGAAUCGAGACCUUCCAAAGAAAAAGAAAAGAAAAAUCGCCCAAAAAAAUGCAGAGGAGAGGAAGAAAGUUAAAAAAGUUGACUUGGAAGAAAUCCUCGAGAGUGAUGAUGAUGACAGUUGCGAAGGGGAGAAGGUAGAUGAAGACAACGUAUCGUCAUCCUCAGAAGAUGAAAAUGAAACUGCAGCCGAGAAGAGAAACAGACUUGCAAAACUCAUGCUAGAAAAAAUUAAAGAUAAUUUGUCCAAUGAAGACGAGGAUGUAAAGAGCUACCUUAAGAAUGACGUACUAGAAAGAUCUGGAAGAUUGCAUCACAAUGUUGCAGAUAAGUACUUGGUGCCUGUUGAGAGUGACAUGAAGAUGUGUACGUGGAGCAAGUUAAAGGUCGUGACCUGUGUCGUUGUGUCAUCAAAUAAUAACUGGCUCUACUCCGCCUCAAAAGAUGGAACAAUUGUCAAGUGGUCACUACCUUCAUGCACAAAACACCAAAUCAUCAAACGAGUAAACAAGACGAGGAAAACAACAGAGAUAUCGGAAACAGCAACCAAACCUGUCGGGCACGAAAGCAGCGUACUUGCCUUGGCACUAUCAAAAGAUGGAAAAUAUCUUGCCUCUGGAGGCAUGGAUAAGGUCAUUCACGUGUGGGAUGCCGACACGCUCGCUCACCUUCACACUUUUCAAGGUCACAGAUCUACCAUUAUGGGCCUAUGUUUCCAACAAGGUACCCACCAAUUGUUCUCAGCAUCAAAGGACAAGAGCAUUAAAAUCUGGAACCUGGACGAGAUGGCCUACGUUGAAACUCUAUUCGGACAUGAGGAUGAAGUUAUCUCGAUUGAUUGUUUGUCCCAGGAGAGGGCGCUGUCGUCCGGAGCGAGGGACGGGACGGUGAGGUUUUGGAAGGUUCCGGAAGAAUCACAUCUCGUGUUCCGGGGCCAACAAGGCUGCUGUAUUGACUGCAUAACACUCAUCGACAAUCAUCAUUUUGUUUCGGCUGCUGAUGACAAUUCGCUAUCACUCUGGACAAUGGACAGGAAGAAGCCAGUGUUCACAGUGAAGAACGCCCACAACAACACAGAUGACAACAACAACAACAACCUCCAUCUAGUCGUCGUCAAUGGUGAUUGUAGCGCCGCUGCUGCUGCUGGUGGUAGUGGUGGCGAUGAUGGUGAGGAGAUGAGUGGGCCAGAGGAUGAGAAGGACAGCGGAAGAAACAUCUGGAAAAUGAAAUCCGCUGGGAAUGGGCAUAAAAUAGUUUUGAAGAGCAACAAUCCAUCCGAGCAGUGGAUAUCUUCCCUGGCUGCCUUCAAGCAGUCUGACCUCAUCGUCUCAGGAAGUAGAGAUGGACAGCUGAGGUUCUGGAAGGUUUCGUCUGGAUUCAAAUCGCUGGAGAGGUUGUUCACACUGCGUCUGGACGGCUUUAUAAAUUCGUUACAAUUUUCUGACGAUGGCAGUUACUUGGUGGUUGGCGUGGGACAAGAACACAGGCUGGGCCGGUGGUUCAAACCUCUGAAAAACGUUAAAAAUUCCAUUUGCGUUGUUGAACUUCGCAAGCGAGACAACCAACUGAAGAGAAAGAUUACUUGAUUUGACGUUAACCUCUUAAAUAUUGUGUCUUGUUUCCAUUGUAUAUCUUCUUGUUUAAUGGUAUCUGUAAAUAAAUUGUGAACUUGAUAAAGUUAUUUUCAAAAUGAAAUAAUUUAUAAUAUUUAUAAUAUUUUCUACAAAAAAAGCUCUUUAUUAAUUG